GGGGUUACGCUUUUACCUCUCCCCAUUCCAGCCUCUACCACAGCCUGGUAAUAAUAAAAUUCAUUAACGUUACCAUAAAAUGGCGAGUCUAAAGUGUGUCCUUGUGUCCUCUAUCAAGACUGUGAAGACGAUAAGAAAUAAUGCCCAGAACAUUUAUCCAAGAAAAGCAGUUUUGGGAUACCAGUUUGGUUUGACAGCUUUCCUGUCACGACGCUGUGAAGGAGUCUGUCUACGAUCAUCCAGGCAGUCCAGCUCCUCAGCAUCACUCGAUGAGAAAGGGGAGGACUCCAUACUGAAAUGGCUGCUGUUGCUGAUUCCAGCUACUACAUUUGGCCUGGGGACAUGGCAGGUUAAGCGCCGGCAAUGGAAACUGCAUCUGAUCCAGGAGCUGCAGAGCCUAACUGCUGCAGAGCCCAUAGACCUCCCUAUAGAGCCCAUGGAGCUGAAGUCUCUGGAGUACAGGAGAGUGAAGGUGCGCGGGCGAUUCGAUCACUCUAAGGAGCUGUACAUCCUCCCUCGCUCGCAGGUGGACCCCGAGCGGGAGGCCAGGGAGGCCGGGAGAAUCACCUCGAGUGGGGAGAGUGGGGCGAACGUCAUCACUCCCUUCCACUGCACCGACCACGGGGUAACAAUCCUUGUAAACAGAGGCUUUGUUCCGAGACAGAAGAUCAAUCCAGAAACAAGAAUGAAAGGACAGGUCCAAGAGGAGGUGGAUCUGGUGGGUGUCGUCAGGCUGACUGAGGCGCGGAAGCCCUUUGUCCCUCAGAACGACACCGAGAGGAACCGCUGGCACUUCCGUGACCUGGAGGCCAUGGCAAAGGUUGCCGGCACAGAGCCCAUUUUAAUUGACGCUGACUUCAGCAGCACAAUUCCUGGGGGGCCUAUUGGAGGCCAGACUCGAGUGACUUUGAGAAAUGAGCACAUGCAGUACAUCAUUACAUGGUACAGCCUCUGUGCAGCUACCACCUACAUGUGGUACAGGAAGUUCAUCAGAAGAAUACCCUUGUAGAAUUCAGACAAAAACUUAAACGCAGGUUCGGUGUGCUGUCCCAAUACUUUUGAUACUGUAGAUGAAUGAAGUUGCAGUAGUUUGGAUUACAAUGUAAAUAUUGAUAAAGAAUUAUAGUAGUGUUGACAUCUUUAAAGUGUCCCACUGAAAAUAAAGUACAAUUAAAAUUAA